AUGGGAAUUCUAAACAUUCUUGUUCUUAUCUUAGCUAUAACCUUCAUCCAAGGGUCUCAAUCAACCACGCUAACCAUUACGAACCACUGCCCCUUCACAAUUUGGCCGGCUAUUCUAACCGGUUCAGGUCCAGCAGCUUCCUCCACUGGCUUCGAGCUUGCGUCUCAAGCCUCCACGGAUGUAACCGCGCAACCACAAUGGUCGGGUCGUGUUUGGGCUCGCACACAAUGCUCUAACUCCGGAGGAUCAUUCUCAUGCUUAACCGGUGAUUGUGGCAGCAACCAAAUUCCAUGCAAUGGUAAGGGAGGUGCCCCACCAGCAACCUUAAUUGAGUACACACUAGCUGGAGGUGGUAACAACGAUUUCUUUGAUGUUAGCCUUGUUGAUGGUUUCAACCUUCCGGUAAAUGUUGUUCCAUCGGGCAGCGGUUGCAAGUCAACUGGUUGCCCAGUGGAUAUAAACGCUGCAUGCCCGAACGAGUUGGCAAUAAUGAACGGUGGUGCAAAGAUUGGAUGUAAAAGUGCGUGUUUGGCAUUCGGGAAACCAGAGUUUUGUUGUAGUGGCUCGUUCGCGACUCCUGACGUGUGCAAGCCGUCAAAUUAUUCCCAAAUUUUUAAGAAUAGUUGCCCUCAAGCAUAUAGCUAUGCUUAUGAUGAUAAGACCAGCACUUUUACUUGCCCUAAUGGUGGAAAUUAUCAAAUAACAUUUUGUCCUUAA